AUGUGGCAUGUUGACAUGGAUGGGGAUAUAAUUGAUGCAAUUGAAAUCUCAGAAAUAUACAAAGGGAGUACGAGUCUUGAUAUGAGUCUUAUGGGACAAACUGAGAACUGUCAAAUGCCAAUUGGUCCAAUUACAAGAGCAACAACUAAGAGAAUAAAAGAAGGUUUUGCAAAUAUGGCUAAAUUAUGUGUUCAUGAGAUGCAUAAAAAAUUGGUGCAACAGUCAAAGAGAUUCAAGAGUGGUAAAAGGCAAGAGUGGUUCAUUGUUAUGGCCGCUAAUUCCAAAGAUACUUUAGUUGACAUGGAGUUGAUGCAAAGGGCCAUUCAACACUUAACUAAUUGCUUGACUGAAUUGGAAGCAUGGAAGCAAGAGGUGACACAGACACUGUCCAAGAUUACUAAACAAGGACCUUUCUGGAAUCAGCGUCAGAAUCAUGUAUCUUUUGAUGAUGACUCUGAUGGGGUUAUAACACCUCGACAUAAAAGUCAAGAUAGCAAUAUCAACACCAUCAAGAUGCAAAUACCACCAUUCAAAGGGAGAAAUGAUCCUGAAGUUUAUUUCGAGUGGGAACGUAAGGUGGAAAGAAUUUUUGCUUGUCAUAAUUACUCUGAGGCAAAAAAGGUUCAUUUGGCAGCAGUUGCAUUCUCUGACUAUGCCUUGCUUUGGUGGGAUGAACUAGUGAAGACACGACGGCAGAAUGAUGAUCACCCUAUAGAGUCUUGGGAUCUUAUGAAGCGCCUCAUGAAGAAACGAUUUGUGCCUUCGUACUACUACAGGGAAGUGCAUCAGAAGUUACAUCGACUGACUCAAGGCUCCAAGUCCGUUGAAGACUACCAUAAGAAAAUGGAUAUGCUUAUGAUUACUGCCGACAUAGAAGAGAACACUAAGGUUACUAUGGCACGAUUUGUGGGUGAUUUGAAUAGAGCAAUUGCUGAUGUGAUGGAGUUACAUCAUUAUGUGGAGAUGGAGGAUUUGGUCAGUAUGGCAAUGAAGGUGGAGAGGCAACAACAAAGAAGAGCACCAAGAGAAUUAUCGCAUGCUAAUCCAAAGUGGGAGUCUCGUAGUGCUGACACAACAAAGACUAAGGGUGUUGAAUCUAAUGCAUUGCUUGAUGCUACGAAGAAGAAAGGUAAUUCCAACUCUUCUUCUGCUACUUCUAGACAUCGAGAUAUUAAAUGCUUCAAGUGUCAUGGUAUGGGUCAUUAUGCUAGUGAUUGCCCAAAUAGGAGAUUGAUGAUUAUUAGAGGAGAUGAUAUUGUGUCUGAUUCUGAUCAUGGUGAUGACUCUGAUCAUAAUAGCAUGCCAUCUUUGAAGGAUUGUUCUGAUGGUGAUGUUGAGUAUGCAGUCCAUGGUGAAUCUCUUAUUGUUAGACGUGCUUUGAAUUUGCAGGUAAAAGAAGAUAGUCUAGAGCAACGCCACAAUCUUUUUCACACUAGAUGCUUGGUGGGUGAAAAAGUGUGUAGUCUAAUUAUUGAUGGCGGGAGUUGGACUAAUGUGGCUAAUACACUUAUGGUGGAGAAAUUGAGUUUGACAUGUGUUCAACAUCCUAAACCAUAUACCUUGCAGUGGUUGAAUGAUAGUGGAGAGAUCAAGGUUGACAAACAGGUGAUAAUUGCAUUCUCUGUUGGCAAGUAUGUUUAUCAGGCAUUGUGUGAUGUGGUGCCAAUGCAAGCUUGUCAUUUAUUAUUGGGGCGACCUUGGCAGUUCGACCGUCGAGAAUUUGCCGAUGUCUUCCCUACUGACGUACCAUGUGGUUUGCCUCCAUUACGUGGGAUUGAGCAUCAAAUUGAUUUUAUUCCUGGUGCUAACAUUCCUAAUAGACCAGCCUAUAGGAGUAAUCCUGAAGAGACAAAAGAGCUUCAAAGGCAAGUGAAGGAGUUAUUAGCCAAAGGUCAUAUCCAGGAGAGUAUGAGUACAUGUGCUAUACCAGUUUUGUUGGUUCCAAAGAAGGAUUGUACUUGGCGAAUGUUUAUAUUUCUUGGUUUUGUUGUGAGUGCAAGUGGAAUUGAAGUUGAUGAGGAAAAGAUAAAGGCUAUUCGUGAAUGGUCAACACCUAAGAAUGCUUCUGAGGUACGAAGUUUUCAUAGGUUAGCUGGGUUUUAUAAAAGAUUUGUAAAAAAAUUUUCUACCAUUGCUGCGCCUCUCACAGAGGUUAUAAAAAAGGAUGUUGGAUUUAAAUGGGAAAGGGAACAAGACAUUGCAUUUCAUACCCUAAAAGACUGUUUGUGUUCUGCUCCUAUUCUUGUUUUACCUAACUUUGAUAAAACCUUUGAGAUUGAAUGUGAUGCUUCUGGGAUCGGUAUAGGUUCUGUUUUAAUGCAGGAAAAACGAGCCAUUGCCUUCUUCAGUGAAAAGUUGAAUUUAGCUCAGCGUAAAUAUUCAACAUAUGACAAAGAAUUAUAUGCUUUGGUUCGGGCUUUAGAGGUUUGGCAACACUACCUCUUACCUAAGGAGUUUGUAAUUCACACGGAUCAUGAAUCUUUGAAGCACUUAAAAGGACAAGGUAAGCUUGAUAAAAGACAUGCUAAAUGGGUGAAAUUUAUUGAAACAUUUCCCUAUGUGAUUGCCUUUAAACAAGAUAAAGAUAAUGUCAUUGCUGAUGCUUUAUCUCGGAGACAUGAAGGUUUUUUGUUUCGUGGUAAUAGAAUUUGUGUGCCUGCUUGUUUUGUGAGGGACUUACUUGUUCUUGAAUCACAUAAUGGGGGUUUGAUGGGUCAUUUUGGUGUGCAUAAGACAUUUGAUGUGUUAUCUGAACAUUUUUACUGGCCACGCAUGCGUAGAGAUGUUGAAAAAUUUUGUGCUAAGUGUGUUGCAUGUAAACAGGCUAAAUCUAAGUCUUUACCACAUGGUUUGUAUGCCCCUUUACCUGUUCCUAUGUAUCCGUGGGUUGAUAUUUCUAUGGAUUUUGUUCUUGGUUUGCCUCGAACAAAAAAAGGUCGAGAUAGCAUUUUUGUUGUGGUAGACAGAUUUAGUAAAAUGGCUCAUUUUAUUGCAUGCCAUAAAACUGAUGAUGCAACAAAUAUUGCUGAUCUGUUCUUUAGAGAGGUUGUGCGUUUGCAUGGUGUUUCCCAAACUAUUGUUUCUGAUCGUGACGUAAAAUUUUUGAGUCAUUUUUGGAAAGUUUUAUGGGGUAAAUUAGGCACAAAAUUAUUAUACUCCACUACUUGUCAUCCUCAAACUGAUGGUCAAACUGAAGUAGUAAAUAUAACAUUAGGGACCUUAUUACGUACUGUUGUUGGUAAGAAUUUGAAAACUUGGGAAGAUUGUUUACCUUUUAUUGAAUUUGCUUAUAAUAGAACUAUUCAUUCUUCUACUGGGUUUUCUCCUUUUGAACUUGUUUAUGGUUUUAAUCCUUUAACUGUUUUAGACUUAUUACCUUUGCCUUUGAGUGAUAUUGUAUGGGUUCAUUUGAGAAAGGAGAGAUUUCCUACUCAAAGAAAAUCUAAGUUAGACCCUAGGGGUGAUGGUCCAUUUCAAGUGCUCGAAAGGGUCAAUAACAAUGCUUACAAGAUUGACCUUCCAGGUGAGUAUAAUGUAUCGGCUACUUUUAAUGUGACCUAUCUCCUUUUGCUUGUGAUGCAGAUUCGAGGACGAAUCUUUUUCAGGAGGGAGAGAAUGAUAUGA